AUGCCGCCAAAAAGAAAAAGAGCUGUAGCAUCCAAAGCUAAGAAAAUUGCGGAAAAUGAACCUAUUGAUAAUGCUACUGAGGUGAACUCCAACGAACUAGUGGUUGAAGAGAUUGAAACAACAGUCAUCCGUUCUCCAGUCAAAAAACGCCGAACGUCAUCGGUCUCGAAAAAGAAAUCAGAAACUCAGACGAUUACUCCAAGGAAACGUGGAUCACGAAAAAGCUCCAUAAAACAUGUGGAAGAAGUUGAAGAAGUUGAAGAAAUUAUUGAAAUUUUAGAUCCUGUUCCUGCUCAUGAGGAAUCAUCCACAGUUACGGAAACCCCGGCUCCUCCUCCUCCCCCGCCAUCUUUAGGACCUGCUCCUCCUCCAUCAACGGCACCUGCACCGGCACCUCCACCUCCAAGUCACCACUCAAAAUUUAAAUCUAAAAUUGACGAUGCUGACAUUCAUGACGACCACAACAUUGAACUAACACUCCGAGUUCUUGUUACCGCAAGUUUUGGGGCUGUCUUAGACGACCCUCUUGAUCCUGUUAUUAAGCUUCUCGUUUUGGACGAGCCAGAAGUUGAUGGUGUGGAACCCAAGCCAUAUCGUUUAUCAGGAGUUUCAGUCAGUUCUCAAGCUCAAGGUACACCUGAACGGAUUGUUGCUAUUUCUGGAACAUGCCGAGCUCUUGCCAGAGCUGUGGCUAUUCUUUCUGAGUAUAACUCCCUUUUGGAAGCCAUGGCACCAGUUUCAGUUUCUGAUGGAGAAAAGGUUAAAAGUGGAGCAAAAAUAGCUUCUGAACUAGUGGUUGAACAUUUCAAUGCAUUGCUUGAAGGGUUAAUUAAUGACUCAGAUAGGCUUAUAUUGCUUGAAGACCUCGUUGCUGAAACCGGAUUGCAAAUCACACUUCUUAUCCCUGAAUAUAUCAUCAACCAAAAGAAGCUUACUACACGAUCACUGCGUCAAAAUUCGAAUCAUCACAUCUCAUCUAUUCUUCAAAAGAUGCACUCUACUCUUACAAAAGAUGGAUUUAGCAAGCAAUUUAACAUGCUGGAGGAAAUUGGACUGCUGACAGAUACCCACUUUCAAAUUCCGCGAUUGCCUGCACUUGUUACACUUCCAAUGUCUUUGGACUAUCCCUUACGCAUAUCUGCUCACAAUACAAAAUCACUGGAGCAGUCUGUGCGGAUAUUGCUCACGCAAACUUUGAUUGAGAGUAAGCCAAGAAGCCGUGAAGGUGAAGAGGUGACAGGUGAAAGAAAAAAGAAGCACCGUCGACAUGCUAAAAAGACUCACAAAAAGAAAAAGACUGAAAAUAAAACUACUCGCAUUGAUGAUGCUGAUGAUGAUGACGUUUUGGGUGAUAGUGAAGACGAAUAUGCGAAUGGACGUGCAGCGAUUCCUCCACAUACAACUUACGCACCGAUUCCUGUUGCCGGUAUUUAUGGUCAUCCUGAUACAUUUCAGCAGCAGUAUCUUAACGCUCCGUGGGAACCAGUUAAUCCUUAUUAUCAUCCACGAGACCCUAUUACUUUAGUAUCUGAUGUUGCUACAACAACGGAUGGGAACGAAGUCUCCGCUACAUUUUCAGGCGAAGAUGUCGACUCUGCAAUGACCGACUAUACUAGUUCUGUCCCUGAAGGUGAUGCCCCCAUUGUUAAUGCAUCUGGUCAGGUAACACAAUUCAUGUAUGUUCCUAAUGAACUAGUUGGUGCAAUCAUUGGAAAACAAGGUGUUAAGAUUAAUGAAAUUCGACAAGCCUCUGGUUCCACAAUUAAGAUCAAUGAGUACCCUGGCGAUGAAGAUUCCGGUGCAGAUGAAGGAGUUGCAGGGUCUGGGGACCGGAAAGUGACAAUUGUAGGGACAUUAGAAACUAACCAAAAGGCAAUGCAGCUUUUACACCAACGUGUUGAAGCUGAAAAGCGUCAUCAUCAACAACAUUCUUCUUCGGCAAUGUCGGCAACGCAUGGUGGUCACAGCCAUGGCCAUGGCCAAUAUCCACAGCAGCAGCAACAACAACAACAACAACACUCGAACCAGAAUUAUAGUCAGGGCUAUAGUGGUGGUCAAGGUUAUAAUCAAAACUAUCGACGAUAA